AUGGCUACUUUACAUCUCUCUCCAACUUACAAGGAUGCAGAGGUCUUUUCGAUUCAAGGUAAAGCUUUAAAAUUAACCUCUGAAGAUGACAUUAAACCAAUUUUGGAAGAUUUAUCCAAGCUAGAAAUUGUUAAGAAAAUUGAUUUCUCUGGUAAUACAAUUGGUAUCGAAGCUUCAAAGGAGUUAGCAAAAUUUAUUAAUUCUAACGAUUCUAUUUUACUAAAUAUUGAAGAAAUCAAUUUUGCUGAUUUAUAUACUUCAAGAUUAGUUGAUGAAGUUGUUGAAUCAUUAACUGCUUUAUUACCAGUUUUAUUGAAAUGUAAAAAAUUAACUAUACUUAAUUUAUCAGAUAACGCCUUUGGAUUAAGAACCAUCGAUCAAUUAGAAAAUUACAUCACCCAUGCUAUCCAUUUGAAACAUUUAUUGUUGAGCAAUAAUGGUAUGGGUCCAUUUGCAGGUGAAAGAAUUGGGAAGGCAUUAUUCCAUUUAGCCCAAAAUAAGGAAUCUGCAAAAACACCUUAUUUAGAAACUUUUAUUUGUGGUAGAAAUAGAUUAGAAAAUGGAUCCGCUUUAUACUUAGCUCUUGGUUUAAAAGCUCAUAAAGAUGGCUUAAAAGUUGUUAAAUUGUAUCAAAAUGGUAUUAGGCCAAAAGGUGUUUCAACUUUAUUGAACUAUGGUUUACAAUAUAAUAAAUCUUUGGAAAUAUUGGAUUUACAAGAUAAUACUUUCACUUCAAGCGCUUCUUUAAUUUUAGCAAAAGUUUUACCAAUUUGGAAAUCAACUUUGAUUGAAUUAAACUUAAAUGAUUGUCUUCUAAAGACAGCUGGUUCAGAUGCUGUUUUUAAAGUUGUUAAGGAAAAUACUUUCCCAAACUUGAAAACUUUGAAGUUUGAAUAUAAUGAAAUGAGUCAAGAGACAUUAGAAAAUUAUUUAAUUCCAUCAAUUGAAGGAACUAGCUUACCAGUAUUAGAGCACUUGGAAAUUAAUGGUAAUAGAUUUGAAGAAGAUUCUGAACCAUUAGAUGUCUUACAAGCUAAAUUUGAAGAUCUAGAAUUGGAUGAUUUAGAAGAAGUUGAUAGUGACGAAGACGAAGAUAACGAAGACGAAGAAGAAGAAGAGGAUGAAGAGGAAAAAAUGGACGAAGUAGACGUCACAUUAUUAGAAAAGAAUUUAUCAAAGUUAAAUGUCGAUGAUUUAGCUGCUGAUUUAGCCAAUACUCAUAUUUAA